UAUUAAUACAUUCCUUUGUACUUAUGUCAGUUAAGGUCGGGGUUUCUGUCAUGUCUCCAAAAAAUAAUGCUCCUCCACCAUCGUUGUAUGUUUUGUUUACAUGUUCAAGUUCAAGUGAGUUUAUUGUCAUGUGUCCCUGUUAGGCAAUUCUUGCUUUGCUUCAGCACAACUGAACCUGGCAGGCAUUGACUACAGAACAGAUCAGUGGGUCUAUAUGACACAGCUGUAUGUGAAAUGCUGAGUCAGGAAAUGUCAACAUUGGCCGGCAGGCGGGUCAGCUAGAAGUGGUGCAUGCGUGGUCCUUCCCUCGAGCCGCUCUGCUGGACUGGACGAUGUGGACGGAAAAUGCCAACCACACUCAACUCCUCUCUUAAAUAGGAGUGUGCGCGAACUAUCUGCUGUUUUCACCCCCUCCAACAGAAACUCCGGCGUGUUAGGACACAACUCUAAAGUCAAUUGCGACUGGGGGAGUUGCUUCGGAUGCAAAGCUGGUUGAGGGAGUGAAGUCGGCGCUUUCCGAGGCGUGGAGGUGGUGAUCCAGGCGUGGUCAGUCCGGGCUGGAGCCGCCGCCGCUGCUGCUGCAGCUGCUGCAGUCCCCGGGCCCGGGACACACAACCUGUCUGACACAAGGCGCUGGAGACAUCAGACCUGCCGCUGACCGCACACGAUGUCUGGCAAGGGGCGCGGCCGCGGUAGAGCACAGUUCACUUUCAAUAUCGAAGCUAUCGGCUUUUCCCGAGGCGAGUCUUUACCUGACAGUAGGUGCCAACCGCUGCCCUUAUUUCCGCCCACAGAAUUUAAGCCAGUCCCCUUGAAUACAGGGGAAGAUGCAAGCUAUAUCCUAGCCUUGAAGCAGGAGUUAAGGGGGACCUGCAAGAAGCUGCCUUACUACAUUGAAGCUGCUAUUGAAAAUAAAGAUGUGGAAAGGUAUACGCAGAAGUAUACGGAAAAAGAUGGCAACAAGAACUGGACACCAGAUUGGAGGAGACUUCCACGGGAGCUAAAACCAAGAACAAAAGUGUUUAAAAAAGCAAAAACUGUUGCAGAUGCACCCUCGGUCUCUAAAAUGAAGUGUCCCGUAGUUGUGGCUGACAAAUCUAAUGAAGAUGUAAUCCAGAAACUGGAGGUUCUAGAAAAGAAAGAUACAGAAAAUAAAUCUGAUGAAGAAACUGAAGAGAAGGAAAAAGAAGAGGAGGAAAAUGUUGAGGAUGAAGAGUACAAUGAGGAAGAAGUGGAAGAGGAAAAUGACUAUAUUGCAUCUUACUUUGAAGAUGGCGAUGACUAUGCAGUUAGCGAUGAUAAUAUGGAUGAAGCUACAUACUAGCAGUGCCUGGCAAUCUAUGUACUUAAAGCACUGUGAAACUAUUCAACAAUAGAGUUAGGAUUAUUUUAACUUUCCUCAGGUCACUGCAAAAUCUUGUUUUGCACAUGCAAAGUAAUUAAAAUUAAAAUCCUUGUUUACACUGAAGGCAACAGGUUUGCGAUGAACAUAGAUUAGAUCUCGGCACUUAAGACUUGAUUGAUUAGUAAAAUGCUGGAAACAGAUCUUGGUUAAUGCACUAGCAUUGAUGUACUAUUAUAUAAUGAUGCACUUCUUGAGAGAAAAACAUUGCAAAAAUUAGUUUUAUUGAGGUAAAACACUUCAGAGAAGCAUAUUAUUAAAUUAUCCUAAUUUGUAUAUUGGAAUUAAACAUGUUUCGGUAAUCUUUUUACUAAUGGUUGUUCAAAGCAAUCCUCUGUAUUUAUGAACUUUGUGUCAAUGGAAGUAUAAUUUAUUUUUGGUGCUACACUAUAUCUGCUCGCUUUGCUGGUCCUGAUUUCACUGGCAUAAAUAAAUGCUUAAAGCAAUAUUGCUGGAAAUUUGCAGCGAGCCAGGCAGAACUUGUGGAGAAAGUAAGUUAGCAUUUUGGUUUAAUGACUUUCAAUAGGUCUGAAUAAGACUGAUUCAUUCUGACUGAAUUUUAUUAAUGAGCGUUUUAGCUACUCACAAAGUUGAAAAUCAGUAUCAAGUGGGAUUAUUCCAAAGAAAUGCAAUCAAGUUUACAAAGCCAACUGCCUUCAUUGCCCUGACAUGUAACCUACCUCUUAAAUUAUGAUUGCACAAAUAUGACUAUGGGUAAUUCAGAUCUUUAGUGUCACAUCACAUGUUUUGGCAACUGUUUCUAUAUUGCACUGAAAACAAUACAAAAGUAGUAUAAUAUCUUCGGAAACUUUUUUAAAACAAAAAGCAGUUCAUUUCCCAAAGUAUGUACAAUGAGUCUUUAUCCUUUAAGAUGUGGCAAUUUCAAAGGAAUCCUAAUGUCACUGAAUGAAUGGGAAAACACAGGAUAAUCAUUCAAUCAGCAACUUAUAUUUAUACAAAUGUACAAUUCCGAAUGGAAAAUGGCUACUUAGCCCCUUAGGUCUGCUAUGUUAUUUAAUAAGAUCAUGGCUAAUCUGAUUUUAACUUUACUUAAGUUUCUGCUGAUAACCCUUCACCCUCUUUCUUCUUAAAUAUAUCUCUCUCUUAAUGUUUAAAGAGUCUGUUUUCUUGAGGAACUGUAGAAACAAACAACUGCAGGUGCUGGUUUAUACACAAAAGGACGUGUCCUGGAGUAAUUCAACAGGUCAGACAGCAUCUCUGGAAAACAUGGAUAGUUGAGGAAACUAAUAAACUGCGGACUGCGAGUGGAUGUGUGCUCCGAGUUAUUGUUUUACCAGAUGACUAAACUUGGACACUGGGCUGAAUCCUUCUUGUCAUGGAUAGAAUCGCUGUUGUUACCAAUUCAAGCUGAAGUGAAUCCUCAAUUUGCACCCAUAUACUGAGUCUGGAACUUAACUGAAUGACUUGGGAAGCUGAAGAAGGGUCUCGACCCGAAACAUCACCUAUUCAUGUUCUGCAGAGAUGCUGCUUGACCUGCCGAUUUACUCAAUCACUUUGUGUCCUGCUUCUUUGAGGAAGAGUGUUACAAUCACUGGCAACUCCGAGGGAAAAAAAAGCCUCGUCUCGUUGAAGUUUUUGAACAGUGGUAACCAGUUCAAGAAUCUACCAAAAACUAAAUCCUCACUACAGCAACCUUGACAAGACUGCUUAGGAUCCUCUUUACUCAAUCAAAUUAUCUUUUCCACUUCUAAACUCUAGCAGAUACAAGCCUAGUUUGUCCAACAUUCUGUCAUAGGGCAGCCUGACAUUCUGGAUAAUAAUAUUGUAAGGCAUCUCUGAACUGCAUCCAUCCAUAAUAUCCUUAAACCAGUCCUGUACAUGGUAUUCCAGAUAUGGUCUUGUGUUCGUUGUUAUCCCAAAGCAAUCUCUGGAGAACAUGGAUGAUUGAAAUUUUGGGUUGUGACCCUUCACUGAUUCAAGUCUGACUUAAGAAUGUUCCUGACCCAAAAUGUCAUCUAUCCAUGUUCUCCUGAGAUGCUGCCUGUUCUGAAUUACUCCAGCACUUGGUGUCUUUUGUUUUAAAUCAGCAUCUGUAGUUCCUUGUUUCUUCAUGCUUUUAAUACAUUUCCUUAUUCUUAUUUCCCAAGUAUCAAUGCAUCUUCUCUACUUGUCCCAAGCAGUUCUACUUCUUGUCAAAGUAUCUCCAUUUUGGAUCAGCAUUUAUUUUCUUAUAUUUGCCUAAUAUUCAGGCCACUUUAGAAACUUGUCUUCUAUUUCACGUCUUCCU